AUGUUGAGCGGGAGGCUGAACGUGGCCACGUCCGCCUCGCCGGGCGACGACUUCCCCUUCGCGCCCAUGCAGCAGCAGCAUCAGCAGCCGCCUCCUCCUCCGCCGCCGCCCUACGUCGGGUUCGAGCACGGCGUGGCGGGCGGCGGCGGCGUCCAACGCAGCGCCGGAGGUGUGCAGGUGCAGCAGCACCACCUCUACGAUGGGUUCGACUUCGCCGCGGCGCUGCAGUUCCAGCAGGAGGCGCCCCACCACCACCACCAGCUGCUGACGCUGCCGUCCAGCCUCGGCCCCAUGGCGCCGCCGCCGCUGCCGAUGCCGAUGCAGAUGCCCGGGAUGCCCGGCGACCACGUGUACCCGGCGCUCGGGAUGGUGAAGCGCGAGGGCGGCGGCGGCGCGGACAGCGCCGCCGGGAGGAUCGGGCUCAACCUCGGCCGCCGCACCUACUUCUCCCCCGGGGACAUGCUGGCCGUGGACCGGUUCCUGAUGCGGUCCCGCCUCGGCGGCGUGUUCGGGCUCGGCUUCGGCGGCGCGCACCACCAGCCCCCGCGCUGCCAGGCCGAGGGCUGCAAGGCCGACCUCUCCGGCGCCAAGCACUACCACCGCCGCCACAAGGUCUGCGAGUACCACGCCAAGGCCUCCGUCGUCGCCGCCGGUGGCAAGCAGCAGCGCUUCUGCCAGCAAUGCAGCAGGUUUCACGUGCUGUCGGAGUUCGACGAGGUCAAGAGGAGCUGCCGGAAGCGGCUGGCCGAGCACAACCGCCGCCGCCGGAAGCCGGCCACCACCGCGUCAUCCAAGGACGCCACGUCGCCGCCGGCCAACAAGAAGCCCAACGGCGGCUCCAUCACAAGCUCUUACUCCACUGACAACAAGAGCCGGCAACAAGGAGCUGGCAAGGCCGACGCUGACCUCGGCGCGUCGCAGGACAAGGACCACCAGCAGCAGCAGCUGAGCACCAUGCUCCAGGUCCAAGCGGCCGGCGGCCACCACCAGGAGCAACACUUCAUAACCUCUCUGCAGGUUCACAACAGCCACAACAAUGGCGGCGGCGGUAACAACAACUACAACAUCCUGUCGUGCUCCAGCGGCGCGCUGCCGUCGGCCAACGGCGAGGUCUCGGACCAGAACACCACCACUACCAACAACGGCAACGGCAACGGCAACGGUGGCAGCAGCAACAACAUGCAUAACCUGUUCGAGGUGGACUUCAUGUAG